AUGCUGCCGAACUCCAUCCAGCAUGCAGGUCGCUUGUGUCAGAUGACUCUGAGCAGUGUUGACGACGAACAGGAGCCAGAAACAGCUCCUGGCCUACCUGGGCUGGUGGAUGCUCCUAUUCUUCGGUGUUGGAGGCAGAGCUAUCACCGGGCCUCGGUGUGUGGGAUCCUGCCACCGAACUCCAUCCGGCACGCAGGUCGCUUCUGUCAGAUGACUCUGAGCAGCGAUGUCGACAAACUGGAACCAGAACCGGAAACAGUUCCUGGCCUACCUGGGCCAGCAGAUGGAGACUGGGCUACUUCUGGGUGUUCGGUGUUCGGUGUUCGGAACUACCGAACUCGGUCCGGCAAGCAGGUCGCUUGCAGCACGGACAUUCUCAGCACUGUCGGCUAUGACAGCAUCAUCCAGCAUCUGAACAAUGGCCGCAAGAACUGCAAGGAAUUUGAAGAGUUUUUAAAAGAAAGGGCAUCAAUUGAGGAGAAGUAUGGCAAAGACCUGCUGAGUCUCUCCAAGAAGAAGCCAUGUGGACAGUCCGAGAUCAAUACCUUGAAGAGAGCCCUUGACGUCUUCAAGCAGCAGGUAGACAAUGUGGCCCAGUGUCACAUCCAGCUUGCACAUACUCUCAGAGAAGAGGCCAGGAAGAUGGAAGAAUUCAGGGAAAAGCAAAAGCUACAGAGGAAAAAGACAGAAACUAUAAUGGAUGCUGCCCACAAACAAAGGAACUCACAGUUCAAGAAAACCAUGGAUGCCAAGAAGAAUUAUGAACAGAAGUGCCGGGACAAGGAUGAGGCGGAGCAGGCUAUCCAUCGCAGUGCCAACGUGGCCAACCCAAGGCAGCAAGAAAAGCUUUUUGUGAAACUGGCAACUUCAAAGACUGCAGUAGAAGAUUCAGACAAAGCAUACAUGCUGCACAUCAACAUGCUAGAGAAGGUCCGAGAAGACUGGCAGAGUGAGCACAUUAAAGCCGGUGAGGCGUUUGAGGCCCAAGAAUGUGAGCGAAUCAGCUUCUUCCGGAAUGCAUUGUGGUUACAUGUAAAUCAGCUGUCACAGCAAUGUGUCACAAAUGAUGAAAUGUACGAACAAGUCCGCAAGAGUCUGGAAAUGUGCAGCAUUGAGAAGGACAUCCAGUAUUUUGUGAACCAGCGUAAAACUGGACAGACCCCACCCGCACCCAUCAUGUAUGAGAAUUUCUACUCUCCUCAGCGGAAUGCAGCCCCACCAGGAAAGACUACAGGGCCCAAUGUAGCAAGGAGAGGACCUCUCCCAGUUCCUAAACGUUUACCAGAUGAUCCCGAUUACUCCUUGGUUGAGGACUACACUUUGCUCUAUCAGUAG